GCCACGCCCGGCGCAGGCCGAGGGCCAGUCCCCCGCGGGCCGGCGCCCCGCAGCCCACUCGCCGCCCCGCCCCGCCCCGUCCGGCCCCGCCGCGGGACGGUAACGGUUACGAAGCACUUUCUGCGCCGCGAUUUCUGCUUAGUCAUUGUCUUCCAGGAAACGGCUCCCUCACUCGGGAGUCAACUCUCCGCCGGCGGCCGCGGUCUCUGGAGCCGCCAACGCGGCGCGUCCUUCCCGGGCCCCGCUCCGCCGCCGGCCGCCCUCCUCCCCCGGGUGGGAGCGCAGGCCGAGGACCCCCACGCGGCGCGGGCAGCCUCGCGCUCGGCUCUGCGGCCGCGGGCACCGCGUCCUCCGGGGCGGCCUCCUUCCCCGCCCGCGGCCCCGCUGCGGCUCGGCUCCCUCGGUCGGCCGCUGCCAUGGGCACCGACUGCCGCGCGGCCGGGGCGCUCCUGGCGCGGGCCCGCACGCUGCACCUGCAGACGGGCAACCUGCUCAACUGGGGGCGCCUGCGGAAGAAGUGCCCGUCCACGCACAGCGAGGAGCUUCGAGAUUGUAUCCAAAAGACCUUGAAUGAAUGGAGUUCCCAAAUCAGCCCAGAUUUGGUCAGGGAGUUUCCAGAUGUCUUAGAAUGUACUGUAUCUCAUGCAGUAGAAAAGAUAAAUCCUGAUGAAAGAGAAGAAAUGAAAGUUUCUGCAAAACUGUUCAUCGUAGGCUCAAACUCCUCAUCGUCAACUAGAAGUGCAGUUGACAUGGCCUGCUCAGUCCUUGGAGUUGCACAGCUGGAUUCUGUGAUCAUUGCUUCACCUCCUAUUGAAGAUGGAGUUAAUCUUUCCUUGGAGCAUUUGCAACCUUACUGGGAGGAAUUAGAAAAUUUAGUUCAGAGCAAAAAGAUUGUUGCUAUAGGUACCUCUGAUCUAGACAAAACACAGUUGGAACAGCUGUAUCAGUGGGCACAGGUAAAACCAAAUAGUAACCAAGUUAAUCUUGCCUCAUGCUGUGUGAUGCCACCCGAUUUGACUGCAUUCGCUAAACAAUUUGACAUACAGCUAUUAACUCAUAAUGAUCCAAAAGAACUGCUUUCUGAAGCAAGUUUCCAAGAAGCUCUUCGAGAGAGCAUCCCUGACAUACAAGCACAUGACUGGGUGCCACUGUGGCUGCUCCGAUAUUCGGUCAUUGUUAAAAGUAGAGGAAUUAUCAAAUCAAAAGGCUACAUCAUACAAGCUAAAAGAAGGGGUUCUUAAUUACAACUUAGGGUCAUAACCUACUGAUUUGCAUUUUCCUUAAAUAAAAGAAAAAAUGAAGAUAUGUAAAACUCUAAUUACCACCUGUAAAUGGUGUCACUGAGGCAGAUAUUCUUUAGUUAUAUUUGACAAUACUGUCAUCUGUCACGUUUUGAAUACUUCUUGCCUCCAUAUCAGUUCACUCACAUGAACCUCUGUAUUGUUUUCAUUAAACUAUUGUUUUCUAAUUGAAAUUGUCUAUAAGAAAAUACUUGCAAUAUAUUUUUCCUUUAUUUUUAUGACUAAUAAAAUCAAGAAAAUUUGUUGUUAGAUAUAUUUUGGCUUAGGCAUCAGGGUAAUGUAUAUACCUAUUUUUUAUUUCCAAAAAGAUUCAUUAGUUGCUUCUUACUCUAUAGAAUAAGCAAUUUAAUUACAUUUGUUAAAACUGAAAUACUGGAAGAUAUUUUUCUUGGCAUUAAUAAGAUAAUUAUAUCUCAAAGUAACUGGAGUAUCUGGGAUCUAUUAGUAGUGUAAAUAAAAUUCAUUUCUUCAAUACAUGAA